AUGAAGAAUAUAAUUUCCGAGCUUCAAAAACAAAAUUUAAUUGACGAGGAAGCCAGUUAUACCCUGUCUGAAACUUUUGGUAAGCAUAAAGAUUUGAUAACCAAUUGGACAAAAAAAAAAUUAGGUAAAAAAGUUCCAAAGAAAUAUAGUGCCACCAUUCGUCAAUUUGCUUUAUCAUUACAUUUUUUUUCUGCUAAAGCAUAUUCGUAUGUAAGACAGCAGUUUGACACGAUUUUGCCUCAUAGUAGAACUCUUAGUAAAUGGUACAGAAAUGUCAAUGCUGAACCAGGUUUUACUGAAGAGUCGUUAAAGAUGCUAACUCUUAAAGUAAAUAAUUCACCCCAUCCUAUUUUAUUAGCUUUGUCUAUGGAUGAAAUGGCUAUAAGACAACACCUGGAAUUUGAUGGUACUAAGUAUUAUGGAAGGGUUGAUAUGGGAAAUUAUAUGGAUAAUGAUAGUUUAAACACAGCUAAACAAUGUUUAGUUUUUAUGGCAGUCUCGGUAAAUGAGAAUUGGAAGUUACCAAUUGGUUAUUUUGUAGUGGAUGCUUUAAAAAGUGCACAGAAAGUUGAACUAGUUCGCCACGCAUUAAAUGUAUUGAACAGCACUGGUGUAAAAGUCUUGAGCUUAACAUUUGAUGGUUGUUCUAGUAAUAUUAGUGCAGCUCAACUUUUAGGUUGUAAUUAUGUUUUGAGUGCAUUAGAUACAUCUUUUUCUUCUGGCUUUGAAAGUAAUCCACAAAUUGUAACCCUUUUUGAUCCUGCACACAUGAUCAAAUUGGUUCGUAAUGCUUUUGGUGAAAAGAAGGUCUUUAAAGAUAGUGCAAAUAAUGAAAUAAAAUUUGAAUAUGUCCGGCAAUUGUGUUAUUUGCAAGAGAAGGAAGGAUGCCAUCUUGCUAAUAAACUGCGAAAACAGCAUCUUCUUUAUUUCAAACAAAAGAUGAAAGUAAAACUUGCAACCCAACUACUUAGUCAGUCAGUAGCAGAUGCAUUGACAUUUUGCAAAGAUAGCCUCAAACUAAAAGAGUUUUCUAAUGCAGGUGCUACCAUACAAUUUAUCAAACUCUUUAAUACUGGCUUUGACAUAUUAAACUCAAAAUCUAUCAACUGUGUAGGAUUUAAAAAAGCACUAUGUGAAGAAAACAUUCAAGAAGUUAGAUUGUUCACAGAAAAAAUGACAACAUAUAUUAAAGGUCUUAAAAUUCAAGAUAGACCAGGAGUUUUUACACCCGUACUUGAAUCACAACGAAAAACUGGGUUUCUUGGAUUUAUAGUCAGUUUAAAUAGUAUUUUACAGCUAUAUACUUUGUUUGUGGAAACUGAUGUCUUACAACAUAUAAAAAUUUAUAAAUUAAGCCAAGAUCACGUAGAACUGUUUUUCGGUAGUAUAAGGGCCCACGGUGGGCAUAACAAUAAUCCAACAGUGAGGCAGUUUCGUUCAGCAUACCAAAAAUUAGUUAUCAGAACAAAUGAUAUACAAAGUUUUAAUACUGGUAAUUGUAUACCACUUGAAGAGAUAGAUAUUCUUCACUACUCCAGUUCAGAUCCAGUUACUGUUUUAAAUAACAAUUCUUCAGGUUGCAGUUUUGAUCCAAUUGAUGAAGAAAAUGAACAAGAUAUUUCUGCAUUUAUAAUGGACCAUGAUUAUAUUGGAAGUCACAGUUCAUACUCUUUUAGUAAUUUUUCAAAAGAAAUCAUUGUUUAUAUUUCAGGAUUUGUAGUUCAUAAAUUGACCAAUGUACUGAAAUGUGAUGUUUGCAAACAUGCAUUGUGUGCUGCCGAAAAAGAAUGUUUUCUAAAUUCGUUGAUAACAUUAAAAAAUAAGGGAGGCAUUCAUGGUGGACUUAUUUUUCCAAGCGAAGAUGUCAUAGAUGUUUGUUUCAUUACAGAAAACAUUUUGAGAAGAUAUGAUUAUACUUCUAAAGCUGUAAAUAAAUUACAAGUUCAAACCGAUGUCCUUAAACAUUUUGUAUUUAAUUCAAAUAUAUUUAAAUCAUUAAAAAAUCAUAGUACUGAAACCAGAAGUCCAUUAGCCGACCAUACAACUCUUUUAAUAAAAUCUAUAUCUUCUACUUAUAUAAAUAUAAAAAUAAAUUACAGUUUAAAAAAACACAAUGAAACCCCUUCUGUUCGGAUGUGGUUUAAUAAACUUACUCUUUUUAAAGGACAAUAA